CCGUCCGUUAGUGCAGGGCCGGAGGGCGUGGCCCUGGCGGCGCCGAUGGGUAGUCGCGGCCGGCGGGGCGGGGCCCUGGGCCUGCUGCUGUACCUGGGCUUGACGGCGGAGCUGGCCGGCGGCUGCCUGCACUGCGACCCCAAUUUCUCGGAGAAGUUCUGCUACUAUCGGCACCACGUGAACCUCAAGUCCUGGUGGGUGGGUGACAUCCCGGUGUCGGGGAUGCUGCUCACCGAGUGGAGCCAGAACACGAUGAAAGAGCUGCACCUGGCCAUACCCGCCGAGAUCACCCGGGAGAAGCUGGAUCAAGUGGCAGGAGCGGUGUACCAGAGAAUGGACCAGCUGUACCAGGGGAAAAUAUACUUCCCAGGGUACUUCCCCAAUGAGCUGCGAGCCAUCUUCCGGGAGCAGGUGCGCCUCAUCCAGAACGCCAUUAUAGAGAGCCGCAUCGACUGUCAACAUCACUGUGGCAUCUUCCAGUAUGGUACCAUUUCUUGCACCAACUGCACCGACUCACAUGUUGUCUGCUUCGGUUAUCACUGCAAGUACAACUUGGCUGCUCUACUGUCCCUGGAGUCCUCAGUUCACCACCCGGGUAGGGGAGGGGACCUGAAGCUUGGAAAGACCCCUUCACCAAGCACUGUAUCUCCCCAGGUCAUCAGCACAGUGGGAGACAGCUGUACAGGGCCUCCUGAGUUACAUGUGAGCUGGGGGAAUGGCGGGGAGCUCAUUGGGAGCCAGGGCUCAGAAGUAGGGGGGAGCACCAACGGAAGCCACUUGGUCCCUGAUUCCAAACCUGCUGUUAUAGAAAUGCCUGGCACCAGUAAGUCCUGUUCAACCCAUCUCUUUUUCUCCGGGACAGUGUGUGUGAGUACAUAGGGAGUGAGCUUCUGCAGCCUCUGGAGGGCCAGGAGGAUCUACCCCUUUCCUGGAGGGUCUUAAAGUCAGCUGGAGGAAAGGGUCCUCAUGAAACCUGGGGCUAACCCAAGUGGGUGGCAGAGCUGGGGGUCUGAGAACUCCGCUCUUAUCUUUCAGACAGGACACACAGAUGAGGUAAGGCCAGGCCUUCUGCUGGAAGGGAUAGGGGAAGAGGGAGGGUGAAGAAAAGGUUGCGGUGGGAGAUGAAGUCCUAUGGCGGGAAUGGAAAGGGAUGCCAGGCAGGGCUGAGCGCCCCUAAGCAUGCUGGACGUCGGGACCUAUGCCCACCCAUGUGACCACUGCAUGAAGCUUGCUGAUUCCUUCUCUAUGGCCUCGGACACAGAAACACCCCAGCCUUGUGAGUGACUCAGGGGAACCAGGCUACAAAGCAGGAGGCUUAGGGGAGCACCCAAACUGGAAACCCAAAGGCAAACGACAACUUUGCCACAGACCCCACCAUGCCCUAUUGUAGACUGGUUUCGGGUGCUGGAUGACCCCACCUGGCACUCCAGGAUACCAGAACAGGCAGGGCCUGGGUGCUGGGGUGCACACCUGUCAUCCCAGCCCUCCAGAAGGUGGAGGCAAAGGAUCUUGAAUUUGAGACCAGCCUGGGCUACAUGUAUAGUAGGGCGGCAGUGAGGACACAGCCUGGGGAGAAAGGCAAGAGGGCAAAAGCAGACUAAGGGCUGAGGGUACCCCACCCUAUCCCAAAGCCUAUCACCGAACAUCAGGUAUCUGGACCCACAGCAUCUGAUCAACCUGACCUUGGAACACGCCUCCGAGUGUCUGACCCAGCACUGAUGGUGGCCACUUGCCCCCAGCCUGGGUGG